AUGGCUAUUACCAAACUAGGUGUUGUUUUCAGUACGCUUAUAGCCUUGCCAGUAGCCUUGGCUGGCUCAGUCAAGACCUGCUCCGAUCCCCCACUGAGUUGUUCAAGCUCAACCUCUUCCAAUACCUGCUGUCUCAAUACACCUGGUGGCCAAUUGGUCCAGACACAAUUCUGGGACUCUAACCCCAGCACAGGCAUGUCACUUAUAUUAAGCUGUCCUUCAGACUCAUGGACAAUCCAUGGGCUGUGGCCAGAUCAUUGUGAUGGAACAUACGACUCCAGCUGUGAUUCCAAGCGUGCCUACAAAAACAUAACUCAAAUACUUCAAGCGGCUGGGAAGGGUGAUCUCCUGUCCUAUAUGGAUACCCAUUGGGUAGAUAUAAAUGGAGAUAACGAACAGUUUUGGGAACACGAAUGGGCAAAACACGGGACUUGUAUCUCAACCCUUGAUCCAAACUGUUAUACAAGCUACACUCCAACCCAGGAGGUUCCGGAUUUCUUCCAGAAAACGAUUGAUCUAUUUACGACCCUAGACAGCUAUACGGCCUUAAAAAAUGCAGGAAUUGUACCCUCAACUUCAGCUACAUACACAUCCGCCAAAAUCCAAUCAGCACUAGAGACCGCUUUCGGUCACCCAGUGACGAUCAGAUGCCAAUCAAAGGCGUUGAACGAGAUAUGGUAUUCGUUUUACGUUCAGGGUUCGGUUCAGACUGGAAAUUUUGUCCCCACAGCACCAGUUGGUACCACUUCAAACUGUCCUUCAUCAGGAGUGAAGUAUCCUCCAAAAUAA